AAAUAAAAUAUGAUUUCUUAAAUUAUCAGCUCAUGUAGUUUUUAUCAAACAUUUAAUUCCUUGCUGCAUAUAUGCUGGCUUCAUGACCUGUGGUUCAACACCUUGAUGUCCAUAAACAACAGUCAAAAAAGCAGUAAAAUUUACUGUUAGAAUGUUGAGAUAAAACCAACACCAGACAAAAUAAUCUAAACAUUUUCUUAACCAGUGAUGAAGAUGAGAGCAAGGCAAAUAAAAGAUGUAUAGGGAGUCUAUGUCACACCCAUCUACUGCAGUUCAUUUGUCCUACUGCCCAAAAAAACGAAUAGGAGUCUGAGUCACUAAAAAUGCCAUGGAUUCAACAUAUGAUAUCCGAGAGUUUUAAAGAUAUGCUUUGAUGCCAAUAAAGCGCAUAUUUUCAUCAGGCGGCAAAAGUUAUUUUAGGCAUUGUAUGAAAAGACGCGGAGGACUGCAACUGCUCGUCUCACUCAAAAGACGCCAUAAUUGUUUUAGUAUGUAUGUGUGGAUUAAAGAAGAUGAAUAUAUGAUUUGUGAGAACACGAAUGUGAUUUUUUAAGGGGGUGGGUAGGGUCUUUUUUGAAAGGGUCCAACUGUUUUCCAUGGAUGGCCAAGGCCCCCACUGGCCACCUCUUGGGAGCGCCACUGCCUACGUACUGGUGACGUCGCGGCCCGCUGGAUCAUUUGUAGCAAAGAGGCGGCACACCGGAAAGCUAACGGACAGCAACAAACCUCCCAUGAUCCGAACUUGAUUCGGCGGCCCGUGUGUACCUGGCGCUCUGCUGAGGGGAGCUCAGGACCAGGAUCCCGGUCUGCAAAGUGGCAUCUGUGGCGGAGAGUUCUUAAACACGCGUUAAUGUAAGCGGGGAGCCUUUUAGUCGGGGAUCGGGCCUAGCGGACGUUAGCGGCGGAGCUACUUUUCACGAGCAAAAUCAAAACAAGGAAUGAGUGAUGACCUCUGUGGUGGUGUCAGACGGAGGAGGAAACAUCGUGGAGUAUGUCACUGUGGUGGAGGAGUCCCAGCAGCUCUCUGAGGAGGAGGAGCAGGAGGUCGUCCAGCAGGAUGUGGAGGCUGUGAUCAUAGAGGAGGUGGAGGAGGAGGAGGAGGAGGAAGAAGAAGAAGGAGUGAUUCUACAGGAGGAGGACUGCCCAGCGGUCAUCGUGGAGGAGGUCUCCAGUGCACAGGUGGAGGAGUGCUACUCGGCUCAGGUCCUGGUGUAUGAUGACGGGACGUACCUGAUGCAGGACGUGGCUGAGGAGCAGGAGGUGGUCACAGAGGUGGCGGAGACCGUGGAGAUGUCGGCUCAUGACAUGGUGUGUUUGGACAAAACCUUUGAGGCGGCUGAAGCUCUCCUCCACAUGGACUCUCCCGGCGGACUGCACAGUGAACGCGCCACAGCUGAGGACGUGAUGAUGGAGACGGUGGUGGAAGUGUCCACUGAGUGUGUGUCCUUGGAGGAGGAGUCCUUCCCCAUCCCUCCUGACUGUGAGCCUGCUGCCAAGAAGAAAAGAGGAGGUGGACGUAAGCCCAGGACCCCCCAGCCUGCCUCUAAUGGAUCCUAUGAUCUGGGGAUGAAGAAGAGACCAAGGGAGGGAAAGGGAAACACCACCUACCUGUGGGAGUUCCUGUUGGAGCUGCUGCAGGAUAAAAACACCUGUCCCAGGUACAUCAAGUGGAUGCAGAGGGAGAAGGGCAUCUUCAAGCUGGUGGACUCCAAGGCCGUGUCCAGGCUGUGGGGCAAACACAAGAACAAGCCAGACAUGAACUAUGAGACCAUGGGCCGGGCCCUGAGGUAUUACUAUCAGCGGGGCAUCCUGGCCAAGGUGGAGGGGCAGCGCCUCGCUUAUCAGUUCAAAGACAUGCCCAAAAACAUCCGAGUGAUCGAUGACGAGGAGGACGGGGAGGAGGUGGAGGAGAGGGAGCAGCUGGCCCACCAGCAGGGGUCUGCCGGCCUUGGUGCUCACUCGUCCACCACCAGCCAGCCUCAGCAGACCUACGUCACGGUGAUCCCCAACAGCUCUGCCACCAGACCCAUCCGAGCCAUGCCGGUGGUCAUGGCCAGCUCUCUUGGCCAGGUGACGUUAAACUCCUCCCCCAUCCUCACCACCACCACGGGGGUCCCAGUGACGGUGACUAACCCCUCCACCAGCACUCCGCCCAAGCUGGUCAUCCAGGCUUUGCCCACAAUGUUGCCGGCCAGCUCCAAAGCCGGAGAGAAGAUCACCAUCAUCACCAUCCCGGCCAACCAGCUCGCCACGCUCAUGCAGACUAACCCCACUGGCCAAGUCACGCAGGUCCUUCAGGCUAAAGCGGUCCAAACGUCGCUGGCCCGGGCCUCCUCCACCCCAACCAUCCACCUGGCAGCAGGACGCCCAACCCCCCAGCUCAUUCUAGCCAAACCUGCUGCAGUGGCCCAGACCUUGCCCCAGCUCUCGGUGCGGGUGAGCCAGCCUCUCAGCAGCCCCCCUCAGCCCCCCCAGCCUGAAGCAGAACUGGUACAGGUAAAGGCGGAGCCUCUGUCCCCCCACAGGCUGUCGUUGUCCUGAGAGCCUUGGCUGGACCAGACAGUGAAGAAGCGGGGACAAGAAAUGACUGUGGACACUGCUUAGGAAGUGCAGGACACCCGCCCCCCCUCCCCACAGCAGAGAUGCUUCCUGAUUGGCUGAAACUAUCAGCCAGACUCUGGUCCAGGAAGGCACCUGCUGUCACUGUAGAGCUUCUGAAGACCUGCAGUGGAUCAAGGACACACGCGCACACACCACACACACACACACACACCACACACACACGCACACACACACACACACACACACACACACACACACACACAGCCUUACAUUUGGUCCUUAUUUUAAUGGAAGCUCAUCAAAAGCCGCACUAGACAAAGAUGUAAAGAGAAAUGUAAAAAGUGAUUUUUGAUACUCAGCAGGUGUGUAUCAGUACCGAUGUUUGUCCCCUAGAGUGGGCGUGGCCCCGGUCCAACAGCGGUCCCAUCCCACCGGCUGACACUAUGCAAAGUUCUACGGUCGGGUCUGGUCCACAGAACCACCGCGCUCUGUUAGAGGAGGCAGAAACUAACGACAGAAUUCUAAAACUUAUCAGAUCAGCUGCUGAGGACGAGUCAUGUGGGGCGUGAUCCUAGCCCCGCCCGGUUUUGGACCUGAGGCCACGCCCAGUGCUGUCACUUCUCCUGUUUGUUUUUUACUGUUCCUUCGCCAGAGCUGGCACCAAGAACCAAGUGGAGCGGCUCGCGUUUGAAGUAUCAUUCACACGUUUCUUUCUUGUACUAUCAGUAUAAUGUUCUAGAUUUUACUGAAACAUGUAUCAUAAAAAUGUAAAGUCAAA